GCUAAGGCUGACAGAGUUACCCGUCUUUCACGGUCAGCUUUGUCUCCACCAUCCAUCAGGACCUCAGGUGGGGGCCCACUGCAUUCACGAACGACUCGAAACCGACCUGAUUGGACCGUCUGUUACUUAAUCAAACCUCACCGAGAGGUAACAUCAAAAAGCCGCCUACUUUGUUGCUGGUGUCCACUUUCUGCUCCCUCUCUCGAAGGGAAGGAAAAAAUAAAAGAAAAGAAACGAAGACCUCCAAGGGGCAGAUCCUCAAAGGUUUGGGUCUAAAUGGAAACAACUUGCCAAAAACAAAAAAACCCAACAAGGACAUCUGUAUUUGUGCUGUGGCAGCUUGUUUAGGAAAUUAAUUUGAUGUCCCAGCUAGAAAUUUACUAUCAUAAUUGGUUUUUGGGUAAGGUUGUGUUUAUGGAAACUCGCUUCUUUUUUUUUUUAUAUAAUUUAAAUUGUACUGUUUUCAGAAUCAACAAGUACCCUUCUCUCCGAAUCCAGCAUUUCCUCUCCCUCUCUGUCUGAUUUCUCAGGUAUAUGAAGAGGAAGUGAGGGCUUAGGUAAUUCAGUCAGAAUGGAGUCUUGCAACUGCAUUGAGCCACAGUGGCCAGCGGAUGAACUGUUGAUGAAAUAUCAAUAUAUUUCUGAUUUCUUCAUUGCACUUGCUUAUUUCUCAAUCCCUUUAGAGCUUAUAUACUUUGUCAAGAAAUCUGCUGUGUUUCCAUAUAGAUGGGUCCUUGUGCAGUUUGGAGCCUUUAUAGUACUUUGUGGGGCAACACAUCUUAUUAACUUGUGGACUUUUACAAUGCAUUCAAGAACUGUGGCAGUAGUAAUGACCACUGCAAAGGUUUUGACUGCUGUGGUAUCAUGUGCAACUGCCUUGAUGCUUGUACAUAUUAUUCCUGAUCUAUUGAGUGUUAAAACUAGAGAAGUAUUUUUGAAAAAUAAGGCUGCAGAGCUUGAUAGAGAAAUGGGUCUGAUUCGUACACAAGAGGAAACAGGUCGACAUGUUAGGAUGCUUACUCAUGAGAUAAGAAGCACUUUGGAUAGACAUACAAUACUAAAAACCACUCUUGUUGAAUUGGGUCGAACUUUGGCUCUAGAAGAAUGUGCCUUGUGGAUGCCAACACGUACUGGGUUAGAGCUCCAACUUUCAUACACUCUUCGCCAACAGAAUCCAGUUGGGUAUACUGUACCCAUUCAUCUACCUGUGAUCAAUCAGGUAUUCAGUAGCAGUCGUGCAGUAAAAAUAUCCCCAAAUUGUCCCGUGGCAAGACUACGGCCUGUUGUAGGGAAGUGUAUGCCUGGGGAGGUGGUUGCUGUCCGUGUCCCACUCCUGCAUCUCUCUAAUUUCCAAAUUAAUGAUUGGCCAGAACUUUCAACAAAACGCUAUGCUUUGAUGGUUUUGAUGCUCCCUUCAGAUAGUGCAAGGCAAUGGCAUGUUCAUGAGUUGGAGCUUGUUGAAGUGGUUGCUGAUCAGGUGGCAGUUGCUCUUUCGCAUGCUGCAAUCUUAGAAGAGUCAAUGAGGGCUAGGGAUCUUCUCAUGGAGCAGAAUGUUGCACUUGAUCUAGCCAGAAGAGAAGCAGAGACAGCAAUUCGUGCUCGAAAUGAUUUCUUGGCUGUUAUGAAUCAUGAGAUGAGAACCCCAAUGCAUGCGAUUAUUGCUCUAUCUUCUUUGCUGCAGGAAACUGAGUUGACACCUGAACAGCGUCUGAUGGUUGAAACAAUUCUUAAAAGUAGUAAUCUUCUUGCUACUCUAAUAAAUGAUGUAUUGGAUGUUUCGAGGCUCGAAGAUGGCAGCCUUCGACUAGACCUUGGAACUUUUAACCUUUGUGCUGUAUUCAGAGAGGUACUUGACUUGAUCAAGCCGAUUGCUUCUGUCAAAAAGCUUCAUGUUUCAUUAAAUUUGGCUCCAGACUUGCCAGAAUAUGCCAUUGGCGACGAGAAGCGCCUGAUGCAAACAAUUUUAAACGUUGUUGGUAAUGCUGUGAAAUUUUCGAAGGAGGGCAGCAUUUCAAUCACUGCUUUUGUUGCUAAAUCAGAAUCACUCAGAGAUUCUCGAGCCCCUGAAUUUUUGCCUGUGCCUAGUGAUAAUCAAUUUUAUUUGCGUGUACAGGUGAAAGAUUCUGGUGCAGGGAUUAGCCCUCAAGAUAUUCCCAAGUUAUUUACCAAAUUUGCACAAGCUCAAUCAACAGCAACACGAAAUUCUGGUGGCAGUGGACUAGGCCUUGCAAUUUGUAAGAGGUUUGUAAAUCUAAUGGAGGGACAUAUUUGGAUUGAGACUGAAGGCCUUGGUAAGGGAUGUACUGCUAUCUUCAUUGUAAAACUCGGGAUCCCAGAACGCUUGAAUGAAUCUAAACUUCCCCUCAUGCCUAAAGUGUCAUCAAAUCAUGGGCAUACUUCUUUUUCUGGGCUUAAAGUUCUGGUUAUGGAUGAGAACGGCGUUAGCAGGAUGGUGACUAAGGGGCUUCUUGUGCAUCUAGGGUGCGAGGUUACAAUGGCAAGCUCCAGUGACGAGUGUUUGCAUGUGGUUUCUCACGAGCACAAGGUUGUUCUCAUGGAUGUAUGUGUACCUGGCAUGGAUGGUUAUGAAAUUGCUGUCCAAAUACAUGAGAAAUUCACAAAACGCCAUGAAAGGCCCUUAAUAGUGGCGCUUACUGGAAAUACAGACAAAGCAACAAAAGAGAACUGCAUGAGGGUUGGUAUGGAUGGUGUCAUAUUGAAGCCUGUUUCACUUGAUAAAAUGAGAAGUGUUUUAUCAGAUCUUCUGGAGCACCGAGUUCUUUUCGAGGCCAUAUAGACAUGAAGAAUAUCGGCGAUUGACCAUGUGAUGGGGAAAAAGAUUAAAACGAGCAAGGCAAUGAAGGAAAUUCUCUGGAUGGUGUAGUCUGUGUACAUACCGCGCCAAAGCCAAAGCAUCAUAAGUGAAAAAUGAAGCAAGUUGGUGCAAAUAACAGGGGGUGCCAGAAGCAUUUUUGUGUGUUCUCUUGUGCAACAACACAUUAGUGAAUGAAACAACAGAUUUAUGAAGAGUUCUGCCAAUAGGUAGUAAGGAACAAAGCUUGUUGUAGUCAGUUACAUUGAAACAAAAUAUUUGAUUUUAUCAAAGUCAUGCAAUUUAAUAUUCCGCACAUUUCCUUU